UCUGUCACGGCCUCGUUGGGGCUGGCCUCGCGAGUGCGUUCCUUUCGCGAGAGUCUCUCUCGUGUACACGAAGACCGUCGAACGACGACGACGACGACGACGACGACGACGACGACGACGACGACGGCGACGACAAAGAGUCGCGCGAUGGAGGACAGUUACAUAGUUCACAGACGUCGCAAGGCGUUCGCCAGGAAGCGCGAAAAGACGCCCGAUCCCUCGUCGAGGGGUGCCGCGGCGCGUAUGGACGCUUCGGACGAUGAGGACGAGGAGAGGCGCGCCAGAAUGGAGAGGAUGGCUGAGGAAGCGGAGAAACUGGAGCAGCAACAGAAAGAAAACAGACUGCUGCAGCAGGAGGUGCCCUUGAAAGAACCGGAGAACAAGGACAAGAAAGGGGACAGGGACAAUCGGGAACAGCGUCCCGCCAGAAGAAAGGACAGAACUGACGCGAGGAAUUCUGUGAAUGUGGAUGACAUGAUCGCUGUACGCGCCGAGGUGGCCGCCAAAGCGGUGGCUGGAAAUAGUUCGAAAACACGUGAGACUGACGUUGCAAUGACUGGCGACAACAGCAUGCGACCGGUAAAGCAGGUCGUCGAAGUAACGAAGAGACAUGAUGAUGGUACCACGAAGAGAGAUAUCAACAGGCCUGAAAGGCCUGUUCAGGCGGUCAAAGAUAAUGUUCAGGUGGUCAAAGAUAGCGUUGUCCAAGAAACGUCGGAGACCCCGAAAGAGACGAGCGGCGAGACCAGCAGACCUACUGAAAUUCGUAAAGUCGAAAAGCGACUUAAAAGAAAGUCGAAGGAACGCGUGGAGAGAUACAGCCGGUCAACGGACUCCAGCGAUGCGGAUGAAAAGAGCGAGUCAAGUCGCAGGCGGACGAAGUCACCGGAAACGGUCAGACCCAGGGUGAGAAAGACAAGCGGGAAGAGUCGAACCAGUGAUCCGGAAGCACAGAAGAGGGAUGCUGAGAGACAAAACCGAGAGAAGAGGUCGUCGAGUCGACAGAAGCUGGAAGACGAGCCUCGAAUGAGGGAUGGUUCCGCGCCACGUUCGAAACCUUACAGUCAAACCGAAGACACGGAUGAGGAGCUGAAGAAGAGUGCAGAGAGUGUUCCACAAAGGACUAUCGAGGAGCGAAUGGUGAAGAGAUCCUCAAUCGGGAUGAAGAAGCAGAUCAUCCCGUUGAGCAACGAAAGUUUGAUCGAGGAUUUCGCGAAGGCUCAAAGGGAGUACAUGUUAAGAGAACGCAGCAUCCUGGACCCGGUCGACCCGGAAGACACGUUUCAAGAGACGGUUGAAGUUAGUUCCUUGAGAAGACGAAAAUUCAGUUUGGCGUAUAGCGAGAGUGAGCAAGAGGACAUUGUUCAGAACGUAACGCAGUCUUCCGAUGCAGCAGACAAGAAAAAAUCGUGGUUCUCCUGGUUGUCCUUCUGGCGCAGAAAGAAGAAGGAUGAAGAUACUGUAGAGAAGGAUAUUGAGGACGAACUGGAGCCCGUAUCGAAAGUCGAGGAGGUCAAAGUGAAGAAACAAGAAGAUGAGGGGAAGGUUACUCUAUUGGAUUUCUUUCGGGCUCUCAGAGACAUCGUCAGCGAAUUCAAGAUGUUCGUGGAGCAGAAUCCACGUGAGACUACGAUCAUCAGGCGGCUGCGCAAUCGCUGCAUAGCCGGACUGCUGCUCGCGAUAAUCUACUGCGGUCUCGGCGGCUUCGUCUUCCGCUUCGUCGAGGGCACCUUCGAAACAUUGUACAAAUGCGGCGUGAAGCGCGUGAAACGCGACUUCCUAGAUACUCUAUGGAAUUACAGUCACAGUUUGAGGGAGGACGAUUGGAAGAGCAUGGCGCGCAGGAAGCUGAUGGAGUUUGAGGAACAGCUUCACACAGCUCACGAAGCCGGCUUGCACACGUACAGCGGUCAAAAAAGUUGGACUUUCUUGAAUGCGGUCGUGUAUUGUCUCACUGUCAUCACCACUAUCGGAUAUGGACAUAUUGCGCCAAGUACAAACACAGGAAGGGCCAUCACGAUAGUGUACGCCAUUUUCGGCAUCCCGAUAUUUCUCAUCAUUUUGGCCGACUUUGGUAAAUUAUUUACACGCGGUAUAAAGUUCCUGUGGGCAUUUGUGAGGAGGCUGUACUAUACUGGUAGCUGCCGCAAAGUCCGUCGCACUGGACCCGUUCAGGAAGUUAUGAAGGGCGUGCAACUCGUCUACGAUUUCGCCAAGUUCCGGCGACCCUCGCAAAUGAAUCCGGAGGAGAUCGAGGAAAUGCAGAAGCUGCAGGUCCAGCAGCCGCAGACGGUCCUAAAUGUGGACGCCAACGCGCCGGACACGCCGGGUACGCCGGCAUUAUCAGCGUUCGCCAUCGAUGACGAGUUCAAUCUACCGAUUUCGGUGGCGAUCGUUAUACUCCUGGCUUAUAUCUUCAUAGGAGCCACCCUGUACUACCUGUGGGAGGAAUGGGGCUUUUUCGAGAGCUUCUACUUCGUCUUCAUCUCCAUGAGCACUAUCGGCUUCGGUGAUUACGUGCCAGAGAAUCCCAUAUACAUGGUGUGUUCGAUAGUAUAUCUGGUGUUUGGCCUGGCGCUCACAUCCAUGUGCAUCAACGUCGUGCAGGUGAUGUUAUCGGAUUCAUUCAAGCAAGCGAGUCAGAAGAUCGGAGCCACGAUCGGUUUCGAGGUCGCUGAGGAUGACAACUCGGUGAAACCGGCGCCGCCGCCACCGGUCGAGGUCGCGGAUGUCCACACGAGCGCGAAGGAGUCUGACAGCGGCGAGAAGAUUGCGCCUAAAGCCAAGCAAGAGGACGUCGACCUGUAGAUGCAUUUCUUUCAGGAGAAACUCCUACGCGUCUCGAUCGAGCGCUUGUUUGAGCUAAUUUCUCGGAAUACGCGAGAUCCGUCUCUCUCUGUCUUUCUCUCUCUUCCUCUUUUUUUCUCUUUUUAUCCGGUUUUAAGAGAAUACUCGUCUGUUGGCUUAUGCAACGCAAUGAUGAUACGCGGUAAUCAUCGCGGCACGCACGCAAUCGAGCUUCGAAGGACAAUCGCUGUCGGGACCGUCUUUUUAUACUUGAGACUUGCAGAAGAAGUGCGGCGAAGACAAUUAACUCGGGAAUCUUGAACGCUUUUCGUAAUUGAAUUUGUGUGCGUUGUGAAUUUUGAUCAGGUCCAAUUAAUCUCACGGGACUCAAUACUUUUAAGUUCAAUUUUGGAUAUCCAAGUUCCUCUCUCUCUCUCUCUCUCCCUCUCUGUCGACGCAAAGACGGUCCCGAUCGUCUCGGCGGCGCAAUGGAAUCUUCAAAGUACUGGUACACUACACGUCCGUUUAUAUCGUUGAAAUCGCAAUCGAGUGAACGCGAUUUUCUCGACUGUGUGUACAUAUGUAUUUUCCGAGACGCGCGAAGAGAUAUAGAAUAGUGAUUUUAUGAAAACUGGAGAUUUAAUCGCGCGUGAUCGAGCGAGUGUGAUCGAAGAGAUGGAGCUCUCGACGAACGAAAUUCGCGUGUAAAAACGAUUAUGCACAAUCUAAUGCAUCGAGACGAAUUUAUUCGGAACAAUAUGCACAAUUGUUAUAAUCGUAUCGCGUUUUGUCAGACGAGAAUCUUGUAGAUCGGGUUUAUGACAAUUUUUGAGAGAAAGGCUUGAAAAGUCGCGUCAAUAGUGCAGUGGAAUAGCAACUGUUCCUUGUAAUUUUAUUUUUGUAAUUUUAAACAUGAAUUAAAAAAUUUAUGAGAAAAAACUUUAAAAUUUUUAAAAAUAU